AUGCUGAUGCUGAAAAAGAAUUAUUGGAUUGUGCUGAUGAGUAUGUAGUUGAUAAAACUACAGAUAAAGUGAUUAAAGAAAAGAAACGAGAUGUAAUUGAUCUUAAGAAAGAUGAAAUACCGAAAGAAGAACCUAAAGCUAAAGCAAAAAGCUUUAUCGGUGCUAUCUAUGACGGUGCUGUUAAACUUGAAGAUCAAAUUGAAAAAGCACUUGGAUUUAAUAAAGAUAAACUUGAUGAUCAUGAGAAAGCGGAAGCACUUAUAAUCGUUGAGGAAUCAGCCUCUCCCGAAAAAUGUAAAGAAAUCGUCACGGGUCAAAAAGACGAUGGCUGUAUUGAAUUAAGCGAUACAGUUUGUGAUGAAUUAGAUACGCCUAAGGAAGAAAUUAUUACAACAAUUCAACCAAAGCUUACAAAUAAGAAGCUUCAAUUACCCAAUCUUCCGUCACUUCUUGCAACUGCAAUUAAUCUUUCAUAUCUAAAAAAUGCUGCACCUAAACAUAAAGGUGUAUGGGAAGACAAAUAUGACAAAGCUCGUAAAUAUCUCUCAGACCAAAUAAAAGAUGAAGAUGCCGAAAAAGAACUUUUAAACUGCGCGGACGAUUAUGUAGUUGAUAAUUGUAUUAAGAAGGUGGUUAAAGAUAAAAAGAGAAAUGCAGUCGUUACGGUGCAAGAGUCUACCACACCUGAGAAAUGUGAUGACGUAGUGUCUAAUCAAAAUAAUGAUGGAUCUUUUGAAGUUAGCGAAACAAUUUGUAAAGAAAUAGACAUUCCAGUUACCAAUGUAGUAACUGAAGUGAAAAAAUGUACACAAAAUCCGAAACUUAGAUCUCCAAAAUCGGAACCAUGGUGGAAGACAGCACUUGCUACUA